GAAUUUACUUUCUUCCUGAAAACAGGAAAACCUUAUAUAAAUAUUCCAGGAGGGAUCAUUGAUGUGUCUCCUCAGGACUGCAUGCUGCUGUAUUGAUUCUGCUUCUGCUGCCUCAGAAAAUGCAUGCGUCAGAGUUCUGCGUCGUAUAAGAGUGGCCCUCCACCUCUCCAGCCAGCGGCACAGACCCAGCUCCCUGUAACGGCACCACUCCCCGGCGCUGAGUGGCCAUGACUUCCAGCGGUUACGAGCCCUUCUUCCCCUCCCUAUCACGGAGGCGCUUCCUGGAUGCCGGCCCCCGGGUGGCAGCACGGAGCGGCGUGAUGCUCUCUUCUCGUUACGCCGUCCCCCAGAGGGCCUCCGUACAGCUGGGCCGGCCGGUGCUCUCCUCCGAACUGGACCUCAACCGUGCGACGCAGGUGAGCUGCGAGUUCCGGGCGGUGCGCACACAGGAGAAGGCCCAGCUGCAGGAGCUGAACGACCGUUUCGCCGGCUUCAUCGACCAUGUGCGUGAGCUGGAGCAGCGCAACCGCAUGCUGGAGGCGGAGCUGCUAGUGCUGCGGCGGCGGCACGGGGAGCCCAGUCGCCUGCGGGCACUGUAUGAGCAGGAGAGCCGCGAGCUGCGGUCGGCGGUGGAGGAGGCGCGGGCCGAGAUGCAGGCUGCCCACGGCCGGCGGGAGCACCUGCGAGAGGAGUUGAGGAGUCUGCAAGAGCGCUAUGAGGAGGAGGCCCGGGCCAGGGAGGAGGCGGAGGGACGGCUGCUGGAGGCGCGCCGUGGCGCAGAUGAGGCAGCACUGGCCCGCACAGAGAUGGAGAAACGGGCUGACGGCCUGCUGGAUGAACUGGGCUUCCUGAAGAAGCUGCAUGAGAGCGAGAUCGCCGAGCUGCAGGUGCAGGCACAGUACAGCGCACAGGUCAGCGUGCGUGCCGAGGCCGAGCUGGCCGGGCCCGACCUGACCGCUGCGCUGCGCGACAUCCGUGCCCAGUACGAGCGGCUGGCACAGCGCAACAUGCAGUGCGCCGAGGACUGGUUCCACAGCAAGGCGGGAGCGUUGGCAGAGAGUGCUGCCCGGCAGAGCGAUGUCAUGCGCAGCGCCAGGGACGAGGCGGGCGAGUGCCGGCGCCAGCUGCAGGACCUCUCCCUGGAGAUCGACGCCUGCAGGGGCAUCAACCAGGCACUGGAGAGGCAGCUGCAGGAGCUGGAGGACAAGCAGGGCAGUGAGAUCGAAGCCAUGCAGGACUCUAUCAACCAGCUGGAGGAGGAGCUGCGUGCCACCAAGGAUGAGAUGGCUCGACAUCUCCGAGAAUACCAGGACCUGCUCAACGUCAAGAUGGCUCUGGAUAUCGAGAUCGCCGCUUACAGGAAACUGUUAGAAGGAGAGGAGACACGCUUCGGUGUGGGUGUGGUUGCCAGCCUGCCUGUGGCACCCUCAUUUACCCGCCCAAUGUUCACACUGUCACCUGGCCUGAGCUCCGGCGCCCCCUACCUGUUCAGCACGCGUCUGCUCGGCACGUCCAUCUCCUCUGCAGAUGAGGUCAUCACCGUUAGCCGGGCGCAUCGUGCUGAAGCUAGCCUGCCCCCAGAAGAUGAGGAAAAAGAGGAGGAAGAAGAGGCAGAAACACAGGAAGAAGCAGGCGAUGAGGAUGGGGACAAAGGGGAAGCAGGAGCUGAAGAAGAGGUAGCAGAAGAAGAGGAAACGAAAGAGGAUGGUGGGGAUGAGGGAGAAAAAGGUGGAGAGGAAGAGGAAGGAGACCAGGGGGAAGGAGAAACAGAGGGUGCAGAAGAAGAGGCAGGAGAAGAUGAGAAGGCUGAGGAGAAAGAUGCUGAGACAGAUGAGGUAUUAAAGAAGGAAGAUGAGGGAAAGGAUGAUGAAGCUGUGGAGGAAAAGGAAGGGAAAGAUGAUAAGGCUGAGGGGGGAAAAGCAGAAAAGGAUGAGGAAGCAAAGGAGGAAGAGGAAGUAAAAGAUGAGACAGUUGAGGAGAAAAAGGUAGGAAAGGAAGAGGAAGCAAAGGAGGAAGAUGAAGGGAAGGAUGAGAAGGGUGAGGAGAAAAAGGUAGGAAAGGAUGAGGAAGCAAAGGAGGAAGAGGAAGGGAAGGAUGAGAAGGGUGAGGAGAAAAAAGUAGCAAAGGAUGAGGACGCAAAGGAGGAGGAGGAAGGGAAGGAUGAGAAGGCUGUGGAGAAAAAGGUAGGAAAGGAUGAGGAAGCAAAGAAGGAAGAGGAAGGGAAGGGUGAGAAGGGUGUGGAGAAAAAGGUAGGAAAGGAUGAGAAGAAAAUGGCAGGGAAGGAUGAGGAAACUGCCAAGAAACCUGAAACAGCAGCAGGUGGCGCUGAACAAAAGGUAGAGGAGAAGAAGGAAGGGAAGGUAAAGGAAGAACAAAAGCCAAAAGAGAAGAAGAAAGAGUGAACGGCCGUGUGCGAACUACCAAGAGAAUGAAUCUUCUCGCCGACAAGGCAAAAUACAGCGAAAUUAGUUAGAUAAACCACAUGUAAAAUCAAAAGGCGUAAAGUGAGCACAGCCACACAGGUAUGAAUGCAGAAACAAUUAUGCCGCGAUGUAGCUAAAGCGCACAGCAUGACGGGAGAUGGUGUCACUGAUACACAAACUUGUAAUGUUCGCAAUGUCUAAACGGCUGCUUUGCUGCUCGGAAUAAAGCUCACCUUUACUGAGAA